AUGGUUGAUCACUCUAAAACAAAAGAUUUUAUGAAGGUGCUUCAAGAAGCAGAACCUGGCAAAUAUCUCUAUCAACUUAGAUGUUCGUUACCAGAAUCAUUUUACUCGGAUAUCAUUCAUAAUACCACGUCAUAUCGUAUUAAAGAUUUUAUACCUGAUUUUUUAUAUAUUCACAGAGAUAAAGAUAGUAAAAUAAGGAAAGUUUUUAUCAUUGAUGCUAAAUCUUCUAGUAAAAUCUCUGGAACGCAUCAAUUUCAGGUUACUUCUUAUGCCCUUUUCCUAUCUUACCUUAUCAAGGAUAUUCGUGAUUUAGAAAUUGAUAAUUGGGGAGGCGUCUGGCUCCCAAAUGACCUUGACAAGCCUGAAAAAUUUCAUAUUGAUUUUGCAUUGAGUAAAAUAAAGUAUAUAUAUAUGGAAAUGCUAGUAAAUAUAUCAACGAUAUCUGAACCUACUUGGGUCUUGAGUAAGAAAUGUGAAGGCUGUCCUUUCUUGAGUCGUUGUGAAUCAGAGGCUAAAGGAACUAUACGAUCUAUACCCUAUUUAAAUAAAGAGAUGAUAACUGAUAAGCCAACAGACAUAGAAGAUCUCGGAAAAUUAAUGGGUAACCUUAAGAUUGACAAUACAGGAACAACAUCGAAAAUGCAAAAGAGUCAAUACGAAGAAUAUAUGAAUGCUUAUCAAGAUGAAAGGCCUAGAUUUUUAGGGUAUCCUAGUGUCCUUAUUGCUAAAGACUUAGAUCACUCUAUUUAUAUCUAUAUGCAGAAUGAUUUAUACUUACAAAAGCCCUUUGUAUAUGGCAUUGAAGUCCUUGAUUCCUCUGGUAAAACGGUUACUAAUGCUUAUUUUUCAGUUGGUCAUAGCGAUUAUUUUAAGGAUAGCAUAAUGGCUAUCAGUCAACUUUCUACCCAUUUUGUGUCUAAUUUAACACGUAUAUUGGAUUAUAUGGAUGAAAACAAAUCAAGAUGUCUAUUUUACGUCUAUAGUGAAAAGGAAAAAGUAAUAAUAAAGUCUUUCCUUCAUGACUUGGUAAAAUCACAAGGAAAAGAUCUUGUUCAUUUGAACGAAGAAGAAAGGAACCAAAUCGUACAUAAUGCUACACGAUGUUUAAUUACACUCUUUCGAGAUAUACAAUUAUUGAAGUUAUCUGAUAUGGUUCAUUUUCCAGAAUUAGACGAUCUUUUAACUACUUCUUAUGUCCCUAGAUUUGUUAGUAUUGAAUCACUUUUGCAGCAAAAUAUUGCUUUGGGAAUCUCAAACUAUUAUCGAUUAUCAGAUGUUACUAAAUGGAUGUAUGAUAUUAGUAGUAUAUUUUCAGAAAAAUCUAAUUACGAUAACGUUAGCUCUUUCUUGGGAGCUGACCCAAAAUACAUUUACUAUGAAUGGAAAAGAGAACAUAAGCCUUGUAGGGUUAAAAAGAUGGUUAAACUUCGUUUUGUAAUGCUACUAGGGGUUAUGAACACCUUCUGGAGUUUAGCAAAUGAAUACAUGUCUGACACUCAUACAAAUUUAUUCCCACUGCCUUGUAAACCAUUUAGCUGGCCAACAGUACAAACCUAUAAUAAUCCUAUUUUCGCAAAAUUAGCCUUUUUUAAGCAAUUAGAAUGCAUGAAGGACUGUGACCAAAUUAGAAUGGAUCGUAUUAGAGACUUAUCCACCUUGAAAUAUGAUCAACAUCCUAAUAACAGUCGUAAUUUGGGAGGUUUAGUUCUUGAGUUUCGUAGUCAACACCCCAUUGAUCAAUACAAAUCGAAUCUUAUAUUUUCUAUUACUGAGCUUUUAAAUGGGCCUCAAACUCAACAAAAGCUCGAUUGUUUAAUUAAAGAUAACUUUUGUCAAUAUAUACUUGUUCCAGACACACGAGAGGGUAUUAUACAAGCUAUAAAUUUUUCUGAUAUGCUCUAUAUGGGCGCUAAUCUUCCGUAUUGUAGAGUACCUGUUAAAGUUGUUAAUAUUAGAGAAGUUACAAACGAUACAAUUACUCUUUGUGGAAAAUCAAUCAGGGAUGGAAUAAUACGAUGGAGGCUUUAUAGGCGCUACGUUAACUAUACAACUAUUCAAACAAUAAACAAUUUAAAACGAAUGGAUAAUAGUGAAAUAGAAAAUAUUACUGGUUUGAUCAAUAAUCCAAAUAGCUGGGCAGUAAAAAAUGUACAAGACGAAAUUGAUUUUAGCAAUAACAAGUUAGCAAGUAAUCUUCUAAAUGAAUUUUGUAUGUCAACUUCUCAAAAGGAUAUUUCAAUUAGUGCUUUAAAGAAAAGGUUGCAAAUUGUCUGGGGCCCACCUGGAUCUGGUAAAACUGAGUUUUUGGCAUUAUUUACUAACUGGUAUAUAAAAUGUCUUACUGAAGAGAAUAAGGACAGGAGUCUAAUGAUUGGAGUAACGGCAUUUACUAAUGAUGCUAUUCUAAAUCUGCUAAAAAGAAUAGAGAAGAUACAAAAACGGCAUGAACUUCAGGAUCUAUUCUCUAUUAUUUGUGUUAAUUCGUCAAAAAUUACAGAUUUGAGCUCUAAAAUAAUAUAUACGGCUUGGAAGGAUUCAAUUACGGUCAAAAACAAGUUACAGAAAACAACUCCAAUAAAAGUAUAUAUUAUUGGAGCUACUGUUUGGGGAUGGGGGAAGAUAAGGGAUAAAUGGAAAAGAUUUGAAAAACUCGAUAUGCUGAUUAUAGAUGAAAGUUCGCAACUACUUGUGUCCGAUGCAUUAUUAGCAAUCUCCUGUCUGAAACAACCUAGUGGUAAACUUAUUAUAGCAGGCGAUCAUUUACAACUUGGUCCCAUCGUGAAAAAUAACUAUUCCGAGGUUGAUACAUGUUUACAGGAACCGUUAUUAUAUGGAUCGAUUCAGCAAUGCCUUAUGCGUACUGAAGAUAAUUAUGCAAUACCUGCUCGGGAAUUUUUGCUACAAAAAAAUGCAUUACAUGAAUUUGGACCCAGCACAUUGCAGCUAAAAGAAAAUUGGAGAAUGAAUAAGAAGUUAAAUGAAUUCUUUCAACAUAUUUAUGGUUCAGAAUACAAAUCACGUUAUCCAGAGAAUGAUAUUCAAUUUAACUGGACGCUUGUUAUGAAUACAACAAAAAAACUUGAAUUGAUCAAGUCUAUAUUAGAUCCUUGCCAUCCUAUAUCUCUUGUUAAAGUAAAAUGCGAUAACAAAGAUGAGGAUGAUACGGUCGAAACAGAAGCUAAAAUUGUUCAGCAAUUAUUAGAAAUAUAUUUAAAAAUCUACAAUAGAGAUUCAUCUCAUUCUAAUCAAAAAGAUGAUGAUGAAACAAAUGUCAUGAUAGUUACUCCACUUCAUAAGCAACGAGUAGCUAUUCAAAGAAGAGUUAAUUUACUACCUCAAGCAAAUAAUAUUUCUAUAGAUACUGUAGAGAAGAUGCAAGGAAAAGAGUGCAAUUUAUUGAUUGCUUGCUUUUCAUGUGUGAAUAAAAAGUUCAAAAACUAUGAAUUUUUACGUGAUUUUCGACGAUGGAACGUAGCACUGUCACGGGCAAGGUAA